AUGAUAAACUUCACUGUAAUAUUUUUAUGCAUUUAUCAUUUAAUUUUAUCAUUAUUAGGAUCUUUAUUUUUUGAAAAUUACUUAUUUAAGGAUUUUGAAAAUAGCUUUAGCUUAGUAAAAAUAAUUUUUUGCUUUUCAUUUGUUCUAUGUCUAUCAUUACUUUCUAUGAUUUUAUUUGAGAUAUUAGGGUUCAUAACUACUACAAUAAAGCUUUUUAUAUGGUAUAUUGAUAUAACUCUUUUAAUUUUAUUUAUUUACCUAAUUAUUCCUGUUAGCCUAAUAUAUACAUAUGUUACGUAUGAAGAUGAAAAGAUUUCAAAGAGCUUAUUUAAAUUUAAAUAUUUUUAUACUACUUUAACCAAAAUGAAGCAUAAAAAAAUAAAUGAACUUGAAGAAGAUAAAACAAAUUUUAUGAAAAGGUUAGUUUAUAUUAGUGAAGACUUGAUUUCAAAAAUGAAAAAUUAUAAUAAGAAAAUAAAAAAAAGAAAUAAGCAAAAAAUUCUUAAAUUUUUUAUUGGGUGCCUUUUUUUUUUACCUAUAAUAUGGUUUACCUUUUAUAAAAUAUCAAUGAUUACAUUAAAAAACAACAGUGAUGUUUAUGAUAAAGCAGAUAUGUAUAAUAUAGGUACUAUUUUACAAGACAAAUUUAAUAAAAUAAAUAAAGAGUUUAACGAAGAAUAUGAUAUAAAUAAUGACAAAACAAAUAAUUCGCCAUUUAUUAAAAUAAUGAAAAAUUUACUUAUAUAUAUAUCUGUUACAGGUAUGACUAUAGUUAGUGCACUUUCAGCUUUUACUAGUCUAUAUUCUCCAUACACUAACAUAAGUAAUUUUUUUUUUUUUGUUACAAUUAAAAAAGUUAAAAUAAUCGAAAAAAAAAUUAAAUUUAUAACAGAUGAAUUAUCAUCAAAGAAAAAAAUGUUAUUAUUAUACGAAAAUUCUCAUUUAAUUAAUAACUACUUUAAAAAUAUGAAUGAAGCUACUUUUAAUAAUAAAGGAUCUUAUAGGGAUAGAAAUAAUAAUUACAAAAGAGAUAUAGAACUUGAAGAUCUAAUUACAUGUGAAUAUAGCAUUACACAUAAAGAUAAAUAUAAAAUGGAUGUACAAAAUAAUUUAAAUUUUAAUAAAAAUAUUAAUAUGUAUAAUACUCAUAAUACUAAUACUAUGAAUAAUAAUACUAUACACUACUGUUUAGACAAUAUCUCAUAUAAUAUUAAUCAUUUUAAUAGUUUAGAAAAUAAUUUAAAGUGUAAUAAAUAUGAAUGUGAAUCAUUAAAUAGUAAUAAUAAUAAUUUAAAUAAUCAAUUUAUUCAAAGUAAAAAUAAUUUUGAAUAUGAUGAAGAAAAAAAUAGAAAAGAAUCUGAAUAUGCAUGUUUUAAAAAAUUUAAAAAAUGCAAUUUAUAUCUAGAUAGUCACAAAUCUAUUUAUAAAGAUAUAUUUGAAACAUUUAUGAAGAAAGGAAAGAAUUUUGAUAGUAUAUUUAAUAUAAAUGAAGAAAUGUAUAAUAUCAAAGAAAUUGAAAUGAUGGAAAAAAAGGAAUCAAUAGUAGUAGAAGACAGUGGAUUUAAAGGAACAUAUAUUGAUAAAUCAAUAAUAAACACAAAAGAAAAUAUUAAAAAUAAAAUAAUAACUCCAUUUGAAAAAAGUAUUAGUAGUAACUCCCUAUAUAAAAGAAAUGUUAAGUCAGAUAAUUUUUGUGAAGAUAAACAUGUAAAUUACAAAAGAAAAUUUAUUUUUUUUAAAACUAGAGAAGAUAAUUUUAACAGAAAAAGUGAUACAGAAAAGGAAUAUGAUUAUUCAGAAGAAGGGAAAAAUAAAUCCUUCUUUUAUAGAUAUGCUGUUUAUUCUUUUAAAAAGAUAUUUCAAAAUUAUGAUACUUUACCUCCAAAUAUUACAAAUAAAGAUAAUAUGAACAUUAAUAAAAAGUAUAUUUCUGCAUUUCUUGUUAAUAGCUUUCAAAAACCUUAUAAAACUUUUCAUAGUGUGAAAGAAUUUUUCAUAGGAAAAAAAAGAAAUAUUAACAAAAAGAAGAAGGAAAUAUUAAUUCAAGAUAUAAAAGCUUUAGAAUAUAUGGUAAAAAAAUUAUAUUUUUUAUUAGAUGAAGUUAUAAAAGAACAAAUACGUAUAAAUCAGAGUACCACCUUUUUUGGUAUACUUUUGUAUUUAUUAGGAAUAGUUAUGUCUAUAUUAUGUGUAUAUAAAAUUAUAAAAACAUGUUAUAUUAUAUAUAUGAUAGAAAUUCAUUAUAGAUUUAUUUCCACUUAUAGUAAUGGUCACGUGUUAAUGCUAUUUUACGCAAAAAAUAUGAAUAUUUCAAUUAUAAAUGAAUUGAAAAAUGUGCUUCACAUAGUUCACAUAAACAUUAACUUAGAUAAUUAUGUUAUUUCAAUAACAUCUAUAUUAUUAUUAUGUUUUAUUUUUACUAAUUUAAAAACAUUUAUGGAAAAGAUAAUAAAGCUAAGAUAUUCUACUAAGUCAUCUUUAUAUUCUAAUUUAGCUAUCUUGUUAAUGUGCGAAAUAAUGGAUUUAUAUUUUUCUGCUUAUUGUAUACAAUUAUUUGACUAUUUACCUAUUAAAGAGAAGAUUAAAAUGCUUUACAUUUUUUUUAAUAAUAAUUUAUUAAAUUUAUUUAAACUAAAAUAUCAUUUUGAUUUUGUUUACGUUAUAUCUUUGUUUAUUUCCCUUAUUUUAAUUAAAUUUCAUCAUAAGCACAGAAUAGAACAAUUUAAAGAAAUAUAA